AUGAAUUGCGCGUAUCAGUAUUCGCAUAACGGGCAUCCGCAAAAUGUGAUGACAAUUACGCCAGCGACACCGCAGCAAAGUCUACAUCCCGCUCAGGACACGGAGUAUCUUGAGGAUCAUCCGGGAUUACGGGGUACGCCGUUGGCCAUGCUAGCGGCGCAAUGCAAUAAACUCAGCAGCAAGAGCCCGCCACCCCUAGCCGAUGCAGCUGUGGGAAAAGGUUUCCACCCUUGGAAGAAAAGCCCACAGAGCAGCGGCAGUUCGCCGCAGCAUACCGGCGGCGGCGGUGGAGGAGGUGGUGGAGGAGGUGGCAACGGCGGGUGCACAACAACAGGAGUUAGUCAGAGACCGGCAGCGACAAGUAGCGCCGGUAGCACGACCGGCGGUUACGCCAGGGCAGUGACGUCCUGUGCCUCAACUGCGCCACAAUACGGUAGUGAGUUGUACUUUCCCGGAACGGCGAGCGCUCAGCCAGCCGGCGAUCCACAUCAUCAUCAGAGCAGUCUCCUGGGGAAGGUCGAGGGCACGACUCUAGGCUCGGUAUACAGCAGGCAUCCAUAUGAGUCGUGGCCGUUCAACGCGAUGCCGGGUGCGACGCACGGCGGUAUUAAAGCAAGCGACGCCGGUUGGUGGGACGUACACGGAGCGGCGACUGCCGGCGGUUGGCUGGACGUAGGUAGUACAGUUGGAGUUGGCGUCCAUGCGCAAAUGGCGAAUUAUUCGGCCGAUUACUCCACGAGCCUAGCACUAGCCGGUAAUCACCUCCUAACCACGGCAACAACGGCUGGUCACAAUCUCCUACAAGACACAUACAAGUCGAUGUUACCGGGCGGACCGCCCGGAUUCGGACUCCAUCAUCACGCGGCCGCGACGGCCGGUGCCGGUGCCGGUGCCGGCAGUCCUCAAGGCAGCGGCGGCGGAGUCGGUGUCGGGGGCGCCGGCGUAGGCCAAGCACCCUCGCCACGCUCGCAAAGACGCUACACUGGACGUGCAACCUGUGAUUGCCCGAACUGUCAAGAAGCCGAGAGACUCGGUCCCGCAGGCGUGCACCUCAGGAAGAAGAACAUCCAUAGCUGUCAUAUACCCGGUUGCGGCAAGGUCUACGGGAAAACGUCACAUCUGAAGGCCCACUUACGGUGGCACACUGCGGCACCUUCGAACCCACACCGGCGAAAAGAGAUUCGCCUGCCCGGUCUGCAACAAGCGGUUCAUGCGCAGCGACCAUCUCGCGAAGCACGUCAAGACCCACAGCAGCAGCAGCAGCAACAGCAGCUGGCAGUAGCGGCGGCGGCGGCGGCGGCAGCGGCGGCGGCGGUGGCGGCGGGCCAGGACACCAGCAACACCACAUCCCCACAGACCACCACCACUCUCGGCCAUCAGCCGACAACACCCAUGACUCCAAUACAGAUGACCCCGCCGCCCCUGACCCCACACCAUCCCCACCACCCGCAUCUCCCACCUCUAAUGCACCAUCCUCAUCAUCACGCAACCUCCGUACCGGCGGCCCACCAUCCGCACGCGGGGAUGAGCAUGCACUGAGUCCGGUGGGGCCCGGAGUCGGUGCCUGCAGUACCGCUGCCGCAACGGCCCUGGGCUCCCCCCUAUCCUACCCCCUCAACCUAAACCUCAUGCAGAAUCACGCAACCAUUAAUUCAUCUGCGCCCCAUCACCACCAUCAGCAACACCAAAAUCACCAAAAUCACCAUCACCAUCAUCAUCACCAUCACCCUCACCAAACGCACCAGCAACAACAUUCGCGGCAAAAUAACUCCUACUCUGUGCAACAAAAUCCUGGCACGCCGGGGACCGCUCAGACUCCCUCACCCUCGUCCCCCGCGCCUGUACAUAGUCUCUAAGCGAUUACGAGCGCACUCGCGUCCAACAACCGGUCACGAUCCACCGCACGUCCGUCCGCUGCGUUCAUACACGCGCAAGCACAAAUAAUACAUACACCUAGACACGAGAGCAUACACGGAGAUACACACGAAUCUGGCUCCCCGUCCUGGAAUACGGAAAUGGUCACGUAAUACACAUACGCACGCGGAUAUUUCAGAAUUUUUUUAUUUGUACAUAUACCUUUAUUUGUACAAUAUAUAUAUAUAGAU